AUGGCCAAGCGUGAUGAGUACAACGAGGAGAGGAUUGACCGCGCGCUCGAGGACGGGAAGACGUUCUUGACCGUUCUGGAGAAUCUGACGGACGGUGUAUUCGUCUGCGAACCCCUCCACGCUGCAGUCAAGCUUGCGAAACAGAUUCUUGAGAUGGUUGAGAAAGUACGCAAGAAUACGAAGGACUGCAAGGAGCUCGCUCGCGAUAUCUUCAGAUUGAUGUUCGUCAUCGUGGAGAUCUUAAAGGGAAAGUCUGAGGAAGAUGUGCCUCCGCGAUUGAAGAACCGCCUCCAAGAUGUAGCUCGCACACUGCUGGACGUUAGAACCGGCCUCGGAGAACUCAAGCUCGACCAGACCUCCACCUUCAGAUACCUGCCUAAGGCGCUUCUGAGGCGCGAUACCGUAGGAGAGAAGAUUUCGUAUUACGGAGUCUUACUAAUUUCUAUUACAUUACCAGUUCGCAAUCACUAA